GCUGGUGCCAUUGCUGUCGUCAACAUCGUUAUUACCCUCAUCGUUUUGUCCUUUAUUACCGUUAUCAUCGACGUCGUUUUCGUUAUAGCCAUUGACAUCAUCGUCAUUGUUACUGUGGCUAUCAACGUCUUUGUGCUUGUUAUUGUUGUCAUUGGUACAAUCAGCCUGCAUUGCUUGCUUCUUUAUUAGUGCAUUCGUGCUAGGAAUAAUAUUAUUUCUAUAUCAAACUACUCGCAGUAUCCUUCAGUCAGGAUGGCGGGUAAUAAGACAGCAGGUAGUGUCGUGCAAUUUAGACCUAUUGAGGUGUCUCAACAAUUACAAGAAGGAGAAAAAUUCAUCAAAUGGGACGAGGAUUCUGGUAUAGCAACUCCAGUAACAUUGAGAGUCGAUAAGUUUGGAUUUUAUCUGCAUUGGGUGGAUCAACAUAAUGAAAUGGAAAUGUUGGAUAUUGCUGUAAUAAGAGAUACUAGAACUGGAAAAUAUGCUAAAGUACCAAAGGAUCCCAAAUUGAGAUAUCUUGUGACAAUGGGUUCUCAAGAUUCUUUAGAAGAGAAAACAGUAACAAUUUGUUAUGGAUCUGAUUUUGUCAAUAUGAAUUUUAUUAACUUCUGUACAACACGUGCAGAAGUUGCAAAACAUUGGACAGAAGAAAUUUUUCAGCUUGCAUAUAAUCUAUCCCUAUUAAAUAUCAGUACAACUAUGUUUUUGCAGAAAGCACAUACCAAACUUACACUUGCAGCUGAUAAAUCAGGAAAAAUACCUGUUAAGAAUAUUAUAAGAAUGUUUACGCAAAACAAAGAAGAUCGUAAACGAGUCGAAAAAGCACUCGAUAUUUCUGGUUUUCCAUCUGGAAAAAACGACGUAAUAUCGUUACAAAAAUUUCAAUUUGAAGAUUUUUUCAACUUUUAUAAAUCUCUUACUCAACGAUCGGAUGUUGAAAAAGUUUUCGAACGCAUCGUAGGCAAUAAUAAGCGUAGGCUAAUGUCUGUAACUCAAUUUGUUGAUUUUAAUAAAACUCAAAGAGAUCCACGUUUAAACGAAAUAUUGUAUCCUUAUGCAAAUGAGGCGAGAGCGAAGGAUAUUAUAAGUCAAUACGAACCAAAUAAAUGUAAUGCAAAUCGGGGUCAGCUAAGUUUCGAUGGAUUUUUGAGAUAUUUGAUGAGUGAGGAUAACCCAAUCGUGGCUUUAUCGAAACUUGAAUUAUCAGAUGACAUGGACCAACCGCUUGCGCAUUACUUUAUAAAUUCUAGUCACAAUACAUACUUAACAGGACAUCAACUUACUGGAAAAAGUUCCGUCGAAAUAUAUCGUCAAUGUCUGCUUGCUGGUUGCCGAUGUGUAGAAUUGGACUUUUGGAAUGGAAAAUUUGAAGAACCUGUUAUUGUUCAUGGAUAUACAUUUGUACCUGAAAUAUAUGCACGGGAUGUGAUUGAAGCGAUUGCUGAAAGUGCUUUUAAAACAUCAGAAUAUCCUGUCAUUCUUAGUUUUGAAAAUCAUUGCAAUCCAAGACAACAAGCUAAGAUAGCUCAAUAUUGUAGAGAAUUAUUUGGAGAAAUGUUGCUGGAUGCUCCUCUUGAAUCUCAUAAGUUGGAACCAGGACAAGAAUUACCACCUCCAUCUUUAUUAAAACGCAAGAUUAUAAUUAAGAAUAAAAAGAAACACCAUCAUCAUCAUAAAAAACAUAAAAAAAAGCAACAGACACCAGUAACAGAAUUUGAAGAGGAAGCGCAAGAAAAUGAAGAUAAUGGAAUAACAAAUCAAGUCGCGGAGGGAGAAAAUGGACCGCCGCCAGAUAUUGUUUCUCAUGCUGAAGCAAUUGAUAAUAAUGAUCAACAAAUUGGAAAUGGAGAUAUUUCACAUCCUCCGAUGUUACAGCAAAGACAAAGCAGCAAGGAUAGUACUCAGGAUGAUGAAGAUGAAGAAGAAGAAUCGACUACAGAAGAGGAUGAAUCGAAUGUGGAAGAUAUUAAAUUAAGAAUGGUUGAUAAAGUGCCUGCACCUGAUAAAGUAGCACCUAACGCCAAAGAAACAGAAGCUGGAGCAGAAAUUUCAGCUUUAGUUAAUUAUGUGCAACCCGUUCAUUUUAACAGUUUUGAAUCAGCUGAAAAAAAAAAUCGAAUGUAUGAAAUGUCAUCAUUUGAUGAAAAACAAGCUACAACACUUUUAAAAGAAAGACCAUUAGAAUUUGUAAAUUAUAACAAACAUCAAUUAUCAAGAGUAUAUCCAGCAGGUACACGUUUUGAUUCUAGUAAUUUCAUGCCUCAAGUCUUUUGGAAUGCAGGUUGUCAACUGGUUGCAUUAAAUUAUCAAACUCUUGAUCUUGCGAUGCAACUAAACUUGGGAAUUUUUGAAUAUAAUCAACGUUGUGGUUAUCUCUUGAAACCAGAAUUCAUGAGACGAAAGGAUCAACGAUUAGAUCCUUUCGCGGAAUCGACAGUAGAUGGUAUUAUAGCGGGAACGGUUCAUAUACACGUAAUAUCGGCUCAAUUUUUAACAGACAAAAGAGUGGGUACUUAUAUAGAAGUAGAUAUGUAUGGUUUACCAGCAGAUACAGUGAGAAAAAAAUUUCGCACAAAAAUUGUUCCGAACAAUGGAAUCAAUCCUGUAUACGAUGAAGAACCUUUCAUAUUUAAAAAAGUAGUUUUACCUGAACUUGCUUCAAUUAGAAUUGCUGCAUAUGAAGAAUCAGGACGUUUAAUUGGUCAUAGAGUGCUACCCGUAGUUGGAUUAUGUCCAGGUUAUCGACAUGUUGCUCUUAAAACAGAAUGUGGACAACCAUUACCAUUAGCAAAUUUAUUUUUACAUGUAAUUGUGAAAGAUUAUGUCCCAGAUGGAUUGAGCGAACUUGCUGAAGCUUUAGCAAAUCCGAUUAAAUAUCAAAGUGAAACAGAAAAAAGAGAAAAACAGUUGUCAGUUCUUACAGACGGUUCAGAAGAUCCAUCAGAGGAAAUUAAUGAUAAACCUAAAGUUGGUGAAGGACCAAGUUCUUCUAAACCAACAGAGGAAACAGUGAAAACGAAAAGAUUACAAUCUGUGGGCGAAUUACCACCACUUGUUCCACCAUCUACAAAUAUUCAUGGUAGACCAUCUAUAGCUGGGAUAAAUAUGUCUGAUACACAAGAUAAUGAGGAUGGAACUCCUACAUCUACAGUUCAAGUCGUUGAUGCUUCCACAAAUAAAAGUUCAGUCAAUAUCAAUGGUAUGAGCGAUGAAAUAGUGGCCGAAUCUUUAGAGAAAUUAAUGGAAAAUAAACUUGUUCGAGAAAAAAAAAUAGAGCUUGAAAAGAAGCUUGAAUCAUUGCGAAAAAAGCAUGAAAAAGAAAAAUUAAGGAUGCAAACGCAAAAAGGAUCAAUCGAUGGUGAAAAGCAUAAAUCGAAAUUCUAUGUGAGCCAUAAAUUAGUGAAACGGUUGUCAAGUAGAAAUAUAUUUUCAAGUGAAGUAGGAUUGAGUACGUUAGCUUUAGCAGAAACGUCAGAAUGCACAGAUAUUGAAAACCGUGAAGGAAAUGGUGGAACUCCAAAAGGACUACCUAGAAGUCAGAGCGAACGUUUGUUAGCCGUAUGUAAAGCUCAUGUACAACAAGAACGAGAACUUCAGGAAAAGUACUAUGAAAAUUUAUUUACAACUUUAGAGAAAGUAAUGAAAACUUCUCAAUCCAAUCAAUUAAAAACAUUGAGAGUACUUUUAGAGCGAGAAACUGCCGAUGUUAUGAGAAAACUUCAAGCUACAAGACACGGAGAAGUGAAACAACUAGCAAAAGUACAUAAAGAUAAAGCUGAAUUAGAUCGUAUGAAGAGGGAGGUUGCAAAAUCAACGGUUGAAAAAGGCGUAAAUGAAUGUACACGAUUAACAAAAAUUUACGAGAAAAAAAGAGCAGAACUCGAACGACAGCAUGAAGAAGUUCGACAAAGGUUAGAAGCAGAAAGAGCAAAGGUUAAAGCUACUCUAAUGGCAGAGUAUAGUAGUCGAUGUAGUAAAUAUGAGAGUGGAGAGUUAUCUUUGUCGCCAUCCAGCGGAACUGGUAUGCCGGAAUCACUUAGUGGAAAUACAUAUUGACUGAUAUAGUUUAUAAUUUAAUAUCGAUAUCUCAUGGUAAUAUGAUUUGGAGUAAAACAAAUCCAAGGCAGUAAACUAUUUCUGCUGAAAAUGUGUAUCCAUUUGGAAAGUUGAUAGUAAUGUGUUGCUUCUCCACAACAGAAGGGAGUCGCAGUGGCGGUGUAAUAAUGAUAAGUAAUUUGUAAAAUCUACGCAGUUACCUGUGUUUUAAUAACUAAAAUAAUUUUAUUCACUAUCAAAAAUAUCUUUUUUGCAAGAUGUGAUGCAGCAUUUAUGAAAUGAUUUCGAGAAAUAGAAUGUCAUCAAAUAUAAUUAUUAUAUAUACAAAGCAUUUGAUAAAUGUUUUGUGUGUAUCGAAUCUCUUUUAAAAAGACUUAAAUGAUCUGACAAACAACAUUUUAACUAAUUAUUACAGAUAAGUGCGUUCGAAUAUGUGAAUUUUAUCGUAUGAAUUAUGAUAUUUUCUAUUUAUUCAAAGUUCUUAUUUCUUGAAAGAUUAGUAACAUAUUUUGGUCAAAUAUAUAUGUUUAAUCGAUUGAUUCUCUUCGUAUGCGAGAACACGAUUUUGAUCUCAACAUGGAAAGUAACAUUGAAACUAUGCGUUUGAAAAGAUAGAAAGUGAGUUUUCCUCUUUUUUCCUAUUUCGAUUUGAUGUUACUUACGCACAGUAUUAAACGCACUACUCUUCUCAUUACAUUCGAGACCAUCGCCGCCAAUGUCGAGAUUCUAAAAAGUUCCGUUUUAAAAGUCAAUGAAAUUUUGGAAAUUGAGAAUAAAGAAUAUGUAGGCGAGGUACACGAUUCUAAAUAAGAAUAAUGUUUCUAAGUGCUACUAUUUAAUCUUGUUAUUAUAUGUAUAAGAUGUUAUUUAAUUAACAAGUCGAUGCUAAAUCGCGUUUCAGGAUACUCGGGUUGUUUAUAAUAUGAAAAAAUAUGAUUGCUAUAUCGGUCGAACUUUGCUGGACUCGAAAUGUGACGACGAAGGAAGUAUUCGUUAGCGAGGAUAAAAUUUUUUUUGGCCUAGAAUAAGGAAUGCGGAAAGUUUAUUCGAUUCGAAUAGGCGUAUGCGUGAUUUGAUAUAUUUUUGACUGAAAGUACUCCGUAUAAAGACAUUUUUUGAAUAGUCCGUAUCGUGAAAUGAUAAAGUGACCGCAUUGUAUAAAGAAAGAGUAUAUAGAAAAACCAAAAAAAAAAAAAAAAAACUAAGAAAAAAA